GCGAAAUGUGGUUUCAGUUAACAGUCAGUUGUUUCAGGUGUUAUCUUUGUUUUCAGAAAAAGAAAACUAAGUAGAAGAUCAUGGCAAGUCCUGCCUGGGGAUAUGAUGGUGAAAACGGUCCUGAACACUGGGACAAGCUGUACCCCAUCGCAAAUGGAAAUAACCAAUCUCCUAUCGACAUUAAAACCAGUGAAACCAAACAUGAUGAGUCUCUGAAACCUGUCAGUGUCUCCUACAAUCCAGCCACAGCCAAAGAAAUCGUCAACGUGGGACAUUCCUUCCAUGUAAACUUUGAGGACAGUGAUAAUAGAUCAGUGCUGAAAGGUGGUCCUCUGUGUGAAAGCUACAGGCUGCGUCAGUUCCAUUUUCACUGGGGCACCACAGAUGACUAUGGCUCUGAGCACUUAGUGGAUGGAGCCAAAUAUUCUGCAGAGCUUCAUUUGGUUCACUGGAAUUCUGCCAAGUACUCCAGCUUUGCUGAUGCCGCCUCGCAGGCUGAUGGUUUGGCGAUUAUUGGUGUUUUGGUGAAGGUGGGUCAGGCCAACCCAAAUCUGCAGAAAGUACUUGAUGCUCUACAAGCAAUUAAAACUAAGAACAAGCAAGCUCCAUUCACAAAUUUCGACCCCUCUGUCCUCCUGCCUUCAUCCCCGGAAUACUGGACCUACUUUGGUUCACUGACUCACCCCCCUCUUCAUGACAGUGUCACCUGGAUCAUCUUUAAAGACCACAUCAGUGUGAGCUCAGAACAGCUGGCGCAGUUCCGCUGUCUGCUAGCAAACGCUGAAGGUGAUCGAGAAGUCCCCAUCAAGUGCAACAACAGGCCGCCCCAGCCUCUGAAGGGCAGAACAGUGAGAGCUUCACGCUGACGGGCCCAAGAGGAAGCUCAUCUUCCCUCAGGAAGCACAGCUCUGCUUCUGACAUAAUCCAACAAAACAAGCUUUA